AUGGCGCUGCUGGUGCUGCCGCUCGCGCUCUCCGCGGUGAAGUCCCGCGGGGCGGCUCAUUUCGGACUCUUCGUCGCGGAGAGACAGAAUCACAGCCGGUUGUGCAGGCCGUUCGGUCGACGCUACCGCUCGCUGCUACCGGGCAGAAGAGGAGUGAAGGCCAUGAGCUUCUCCGCCGUGUCUCAGGCUCAGUCGAGGGACUCCAAACCCGAGGGCGCGCCCGCAGUCCUCACCUUCCAGCAGGCCAUUCAGCGGCUUCAGGUGUGGCUUUCAACGUCUGAGCUUUAUCUCGACUUGAUUUGCACAAUCUUGCUCGGAUUGCGUGGCUUGAGUGCUAGAAUUACUGGAAUUUUCGUCACAAGUUGGAGACGCAGACAAUGUGGAGUUGUUCCUUCAUCUUUAGCAGAUUUCCUGUACUCAACCGUGCUGCGACUUAAUUGGAUGUGCAACCCAUUCUCCAUUGUUUUUGACCUGGGCGAUCCAAUUCUUCAGCAUGGGACAACCGUCUCAAAUAGCGUUUUGCAACUUCCAUAGUCUAUCUGUCGGUCUGACAAAAUCCGAUUCCAGGCGGGCAAACUGAUUGUAACGGUAACAAUUCAAUCUGUACAACCUUAUGCAACUGAGUGUGGUGACUGCUCGAUGGUUAUAAUUCACGUUAAAAACUUAUCUGAAGAAGAUCUAUUAUGCCGAAUGACGAGUCAUACUAGUUCAAGUACUUGGAAGUCUUACAUUGGGAAGUUUGACAAAAGUAUGCCGAAGGAAGAGAGAAAGAAAAGAUUAUUCUAAAACGAAUGUUGCACAACGCCUGUCACUUUAAGAGAGGUUUCCAAUAUUUCGUAAGCUGAAUUUAAUUCGUAGUUACGGAAGAGGCAUCCAAGCUUGGAUUGGCAGGUCCAGUGUAGUUUGACAAUAGUGAAAGUCUGCGUUUUGAUCAAAGACAAAAUUGUAAAUGCUUGAUAUGGGGGGGGGAGCUGACUUAUUUUUUCAACAUCGUAAGGUAGCUAAGGCUCCUAGAUCAACCCACAUGUGCAUGGAUUUUUGAAGUUUUCAAGCAGUUCCUCCACCGUACACCAAUGUUAGGCAAAAUUCUGUAUUAACCAUCAUAUGGCAUUGUACAGGUGCUCACGUGGUAGGUUAGAGUGAUUUUAGCACUGAUGUUUGUUUCGUGCGCCAGUGGAGAUUUGAACUGAUUAUUGGAGGAUAGUUUUCUUUGGUAACUGGGAGAGCCAAGAUAACACAGAGACUUCCUAGAUGGUUUAUAAACGAGAAAAAUGUCCAUAAGAUACAUAGGCCAUCCUAGGGUGCCUCUAGAGUUUUCUUGUCUCAUUAAAUGAGUGGGGCAUUGACGUAUUCAAUUAAAAUAGGAACUCCAGAUGCUAAAAAAUAAUGUAGGCUGGGGUUGACCUAAGGAAUUAGUCAGUGAGGGAAUGUAAAAAUCUGGUUUUGAUGGUAAAUGCCAAAAACUCGAACCAUUUGAAGGAUUGAAUCACCUCAUAUUCUCUUGUAUGUUAGAGUGCAGUUUAUGCAUAUUUGGAAUGCUACAAAUAAUACUUUACUUUACAAGUGUAAUGUGAUAUAGGUAACCCUUGAUUUUUCAUAUAUGGGCAAUUCUUACCUUAAUCUAAUCAAGCGAUUGAACUUCAAACAGUCCAAAAAAUGUUUAAAUUGGUGUGAAGUUCACAUCUUUCAAGACAAGUCCUGUAUAGUUGUUUCUGUUAGUACGAAUACGUUACCACAAUUUUUUAGGUCUUUCUUUUGAUUGUAUCUUCUUUUCCUUUGUCUUAGAUAUUGAGCGAAAGUUUGUGUCUGAUAUCCUUGUUUGUUGGAUAAAACACCCUUAAUUAUUUUUCAGUGCUGGUGCAGCUAAAUGAAUAUAAGAGUGCUGUGAGAUUCGUUCACGUUUUGGGUCCGUGGUGGAGUCUAUAUGAGUUCCUUUACUUUCUUCUGUUUCUCCUUCAUUAGAUGUGUAAGUCUGGGCCUUGAUUUUGCGAUACUGGUGACCAAACUCUUGACAACUUGCUUUGGAUUCAUGAGAUGCUUCAAACUCCAUAGUUAUGAAACAGAUUAACUGCUUUGGAUUGGGACUUGGCAUAGACUCGGGGUAACCUUGGGGUCACAAUUUUUAUUUCCAGUUUAUUUUUUAUUUAUCUCAUUUUUUGUCUGACGGUGUCAUAUUUCUGUUAAGGAAAUUAAUUAUUUUGAUUGUAUAUUGAUAAACUGGAAUUUGUUUAUAGGAGUACUGGGCCUCCGUAGGAUGUGCUGUAAUGCAGUGUAGCAAUACAGAGGUAAUUGUCCUGCAAGACAUCAUUUCCUUCUAUAAUUGUUUAUUCUGUCUUCUUAUUCUUGUAUAUGUUUUCUUUUCCUUUCUUUUUUUCAAUUGCUAGAAGCUUGACUUUAAUUGUUGGAAUUGUAACUAACAGCUCUUUGCCAUUAUAUUCAAAUAGUUUCUUGCAUCAAUAUUUGAUGGAGAUGCACUGCAUACACGCCCAUGAUAUGUACACAGAAGUCAUUGCAUGCCAUUCUUUUCUUUAUAGAACUGUUUUAGUGUGACAUUCGAAAAAUAUACUUAAAAAGUUUAUACUAAAACAAUAUGUGUUGGAUUCAUAAUUUCUCAUUCAUUCAAUGGAAUGGUGAUGCUACCAUCCUAAUUCUUUUUGUUAUUUUUGUUACCAGGUUGGAGCUGGGACAAUGAAUCCUUUGACUUUCUUAAGGGUUUUAGGCCCUGAACCAUGGAAUGUUGCGUAAGUAUGCUGUGGAAGCGAAGAUGCAUAUUUUCUGUCUGUGUUCAUUUUUUUUAUACAGCGCACAGGGAUACCUUGGCAUGCGAGAAUGUGGAAAAAUAGGAAUUUAUUAUCUUGCUGACAUCUAGGGCACUGAAUGAUGUCAGACGAGCUAAACAGUUUCCACAUAUGAAGUACUUGGUUCUCAUAACGGUUACAAACUUGUGAUAGCUUUGGGUCACUUAUAUACAAUUUGAUCUUUUAAUUAUUAAAAUAUUUUCAUUGAGGGGAUAAGUUGAUAGGCUUGUGGAUGCCAAUCUCAUGUUGAUCACAAACAUAAUUUUCUUUGCUAUCUUGGAGAUUAGCAACCUGUUGCAAUAUGAAGGCAUGAAUUUUUUAUUUCAAUUGUAUUAUUCAAUGGCACAGUAGUCAAAUCGGAGUUGCACUGUUAUUGGUGGAACGGGGUGCAGAUUAAGUGCGUUUUUGCUCUGUUGAAGAUUAAGUUAUUAUGAUUAUGAUCACUUUCUGUAGGGAGAAAAGUAAAUCCUUGAAGCAAGUUUAAAUAGGUUUUGGCUAUGUUGAAGAGUGAGGUACAAGGAUUAUAAUUCCUUUCUAUAAGGACAGAGUUCAUUCAUUGAAGCAAAAAAAUCUGAACAUUGUAUUAGUAAUAUUCAAAAAUUACCUAACCUAGGUUCGCCUUGUCUUGUUAGGUUAUAACAGAAAUCCUUAGGUCUUUCGAAGUUUGACAUCUCUACAUACUGUAGUACUGCCUUUCAUACUAUUGUGAAUAACUUUACCCGGCCAUGAUUUCGUAAACUGGAUUGCAUUGGAUACUUGAUUAAUAUUUUCUCUUAGAUUCCAUUUCUUCCUCGUACAUUAUCCUUUUUUAGGACCUCUCCUGCAUCUAGUAUGCAUUAUUUUCGUUUUUAAAAUAAUGUUCCAAAGAACACAGUUGAAAUUCACUGGGGUGCUGAUUUGUUGCUGCAUUAGGUGGUGCUAACCUUUGGAGAUCUUUUUGUUAUGAUCAGUAAUAUAACCGUUCUUUGCUAUGGCUAUAUGAUAUGGACAUUUUUGCUCAAGGUAUGUGGAGCCUAGCAUACGACCAGAUGACAGUCGUUACGGUGACAAUCCAAAUAGACUUCAGCGCCACACACAAUUUCAGGUUCAAAUGAACUUUGCAAGUUGCUUUCCUGCUUGUCUGCUCUUUCCAGUCUUUUAUACCAUCUUGGUCUUAGAAGUGAUGUAGAACCUCACACUCUUUCCCAGGUUAUAUUGAAGCCUGAUCCUGGAAACUCGCAGGACCUUUUCCUUCAUAGCCUUUCAGCAUUAGGUGAGGAUUAUUUUAUAUGAAAACUCAGUGGAUAGUUUUGUGAUUAUAAUCAUUUUUUUAUUACAUCUUUUUAUCCGAGCAUGUGCUAUAAUAUUUUUGAUAGAAUUCUGCUCCCAAAACCUAUGUUCUUGGGCUCUUUUAUGGUAUCUUAGAAACAAGUCUUUAUGAACAGGACACGUUAUGCUCAACUAUGGUCCCUAAACGCUAGACAAAUGACCAAUGGCUUGUUUCUUAAUCUGAGCUAUCUAUAUGUGGUUCAGUAAUGUAGAACAAAUUUACAAAAUUCUUUCAUUAAGAAGGUGAAGCUGCCAUUACCUACUUCAAUUGGACUGUCUAUCAUAAUUUUUUGAGUAAGGGGAUUAUUUGAAUGACAUGGUUUACUGUAGGGAAAUAGGAACAUGAACUUACUCCGUAAAUUUCUUUUAGUCAACCCUAAAUGGCCAUCCAAUCAGUGAUGGAUCAUAUUAUUCUUUUUUUGUUCUCAUGGCGUAUUGCCAUCUGUAGCGAGAAUAUUUUAGGCAUUUUAGAUUUUUGUUAAACUUAUUAUCAUUGUACUCACUUGUCUUUUCGUAUUGUUAGGCAUUACCAAUGAAUUUAAGAAGAAACUAUAACCUUACAUCGUAUAUGUUUCUAUUGUCUCAUAAAAUUCUAUCUUCAUUUGAAAUAUUCAUGGUGGGAAAUUUUUGUGAUGUUGAAUUCUUAUCCUUCUGCUUUUCUACAAGUUUUCUAUUUUAUAAGAAUUUUGGAUUCUUUGUUAUUUUGUGAAUUUUUGCACUUUCUAGUUUUUAAACUUUUCAAUGUUUUCUUAUUUUUAUUGAGAAGAUACGGAUUUUAGGCACAUGCUCUAUUUCCCUUGGGGAUUGUGCACGUUAAUUUUUUUUAAUAUUUUUAAAAGCUGUCUGUAUUUAGUUUGUUAAGUAUAACUUUCAGUUUCUUGACCUUAUAGAGGAAUAACUUCCUUUUGUAGACGUAUGAGACAUGAGAUCAAUUUUUUCAUCUUUUAUCUUGGUAAAAAUGAUUCUUUCAUAGAGUUGUGUUAUAUGACCCACUGCCAUAAUCUCUAAUUUAUUUUCUCAUUUUUCAUGCUGACCUUAUUUUUGAAAGCUGGAAUGACUAUACUUUUUCACCUUCCUCUUGAAACGUUUUUCUAUGCUUAUCCUGGUAUUCGAAACCUCACUUAUGCCACAAGUCUUCAAAUCGUUCAAGCUUUUUGUCUAUUUCUGAUAUUUAUUUUGAAGAAUUCACUAGUUCAUAAGAUUCUUCUUUAACUUUAAUACAAUUUACUCAUUCUCAUUCACUAAGUUCUCAUAAAUCCUGUUGAUUAUUCCAGUUGAUUUGUUGUCCACUUCAUAUGACCUCAGUUUACGCUAGUGAUUCAUGAACACAUCCUGAAUUGUAUAACUUUUCUGUUAAAAUUAUAAAAUAUUUAGCCACUUUUUUAUGUACAAUUUUCUAUUGUUACUUUCUUUAGGACGUUAUGUCUGGUUUCUACGAUUUCACACCUUUUUUAUCUUUGUAUUAGGUAUUAAUAUUAAUGACCACGACAUUCGAUUUGUUGAGGACAAUUGGGAAAGUCCUGUAAGGAUCUAUUUUUAUUGAUACGAUAGUCUGUUAUAAAGACCCUCCCUGAGCUACGUUUUUAGUUAGUCUUAUUUGUCUUUGCCAUAACAAUCUUUUGGAUAAAUGUUUUACAGGUACUGGGUGCCUGGGGACUGGGCUGGGAAGUUUGGAUGGAUGGGAUGGAGAUAACUCAGUUUACUUAUUUCCAACAGGUAAUGUUGUAUUCUUGGCUAUAUGAUCUCAAAAGCAUCUGUUAUAAUGACUCUGUGAUGUUGUUUUCUGUUUUAUUGGAAGAUCAACCUAAUAGUUGCCUUUGUCUCAGUAUAUCUUGAAUGUGUACGUCCAAAUCAAGAGAUGCCCACUGUCAUAAUCCACUUUUUUACUCAUUUAUGAGAUUUUUCCGCUUUAUUUUUUCAAAAAUACGACAAGUAGGCAAUGUUUCAGAAUCUGCUUUCAUGCCGGUGCAUCUUUUACAUAAAUGAGGUAUUCUUGUUUGAGCGCUGGUGACGAGUCAGAAAUUUUAUUCUCUUUCGUUUGUUUAACUUCUUUCUGUAGUUUUUUUUAAUUUCAAGUUUGAAUUAACUUUUCCUUCAAAUAUGCUUCAUUAUUAUCUAAAUUAUUUUACUUAUUCCGGAAUAUACUCUUUAUUUUUUUCAGUCUGGAAGUCUGCAGUUGUCCCCAGUAUCUGUAGAAAUUACUUAUGGUCUGGAGCGCAUUCUUAUGCUGCUUCAGGUAAAAGAAAACUUGCUUGAUAUUUUAUUUUAUGUCUUCUUAAUUUGUUGGUAUUAUUUUUUUGAUUCAAAGAUUAUUUGCAGGGUGUUGAUCAUUUCAAGAAAAUCAUGUACACUGAUGGAAUCACAUAUGGCGAACUUUUUCUUGAGAAUGAGUAUGCUUGCCGUGGCAUUUUUCCCUUUAGUUCCAUAACUCUUGCCAAUUCUGUCCUAUUUGGCUUUGCUUUUGAUGCUACUAAAUCUGUUCUUGAGAUUAUAGUCUGUUAGACUCUAAAACUUCAUUGAAGUUUUUUUGUUUCACUCUUUAUAGAAUAUCUUUCUCGAGUAUCUAGAAAAGACCUUUACAUGUCCUUCCUAUGAAUGUGAAGGCAUUCAACAGUAGUGCGGUGCAUCAGGGGUUCAUCUUCUCAAUACAAUGCCUUUAUGAUGUGCCAUUGUUUCAUGCAUUACUUCAUGAUGUCCUUUGAGGAGGUUAAAAUUCAAUUUGAGUAUGGAAAUGAAUUGCUUACAGGCAAAUUCUUGUUACAAUGGUUCUAUGGUAUGCAUAUCGGUAGUAUGAAAUAGGAGUUCUAUCACUUGCGCCCCACAAAAUCAAAGAAUUAAUAAGAGUAUGGAAUGACUCUUUUUCUAGAAUAUACCUUGCCAACACUCAAAUAUUCAGGAAGCAGAUUAUUGUGGAAUGGGAUAUUUAAGAGGCUGAAAUAGGAGUAAACAGCUGACCUGCAGGAGAUGAAAAUGACUCAUGGAUAAUGGUAUUUUCUAUAGGCAAUGGAUGUUGUUCAUUUGAUGACGACUGAUUGAAUUAAGGUACUGUUUCAUGAAAUGUUACAUUCAUAGAAGUAAAUAAUUUCCUAGUUGGAGGGUGGUAACACUUAUAACCUUUUUGAUUAAUAGGAUAACCAAGAAGAUACAUUUCAGUGAUCUUGGUGCACGUUUUCCUUUACUCUGAGUAUGAUCAUGAACAAAGGAAACGCAUCCAAAUAUUCUUGGUUUAAUUUUAUUGUUAAUUUGGUGGUGUGGGAAAAAAUUGGCUAGGGAAUCUAUAGGAUUGCGGAAGUCUAAGAUUCUAGAAGGCAUAUGAUUGAUGAGGUAUGUGGCUGUGAGGAUACCCUCUCCCCAAAAAAUGUUUUGCACAUGAUGUUGAAAUAGAAUGGAUCUAGUUAUCUCUAAAAUAUGUCAAUUUUUCCUUUUGGCCGGGCCAUUUUGCUGUGGAGUAUAUACACAAGAAGAUUCGUGUAUAAUUCCUUCUGCUUUAAAGAAUAAAUUUAAACUUUGACUAAAAUAUUCUUUAACAUUGUCCGAUCUAAAUUUUUUGAUAGUUGUACCCAAUUCAUUCUUUAUCAUGGUACAAAAGAAUUUAAGAACAUCACAUACAUCAGAUUUUUGUUUAAAAAGAAAUACCCACAUAAAUCUUGUGCAGUCAUCAAUGAAGGUAACAAAUCAUUUUUUUACCACGAAUAUCAUUAACAAGACACGGUCCCCAAAUAUUACUAUGGAUUCGGAAGAAAAGAAUCACUCCUUUCUCCUUGAAAUGAAAUGAAGCCCGUGUGUGUUUAGAAAGCUCACACACAUUACAUUUGAGAGUGUCUAAGGACACUCUUUGAAACAAAGAAGGAAGAAUAUUCUUUAAGGUACAAAAGGAGGGAUGGCCCAUCCUUGAUGAAGUAGAUGAAUCUUAUUGGCAGCUUCUAGAGGUUCUAUGCAUUGAUCUGCUUUCAUGAUAUAUAUUUAGCUCAAUUUUAGAAGAUGAAGUCUAUCAUGUUCUUUAGCAUCCUCCGAUAAUAUACCUUAUCAAAUAUUAUACAAACAUCUUUGUCAAAGAGGGCACGGUAAGGUGAGGCUCUCACAGGUUUAUUAACAGAAAUAUGAUUUGUGAAUAAUUUGGGAACAUAAAGCACAUUAUGAAGAAUGUCAAGGGGCUCAAGUCCAAUAUCUCCUGUACCUGCAACUGUUAGAAAAGAUCCGUCUGCACUUGAGAAGAAUUGGUCAUAUGGUUGGUUGCCCCUGGGUCCAUUACCUAAGAGUUAGAAAUAUCUCUUGAAGAAGCUUUAACUCUGAGAGAGUGAUGAAGCUUACCUUGCUGAACUCAUGAGUAUUGUGUCAUUGUUGACUUCAAUUUUUUCGAUUCCACUUGAAGUCUUUCUAUAUCAUUCAUCUGAUAUGAAGGUGGGUGUUGUUUUUUGUUGAAAUCUGUUGACUGAUUUGUAGGUAACUUUGCUGUAAAAUGUACUUGACUGCCAUAUUUUUCAGUGAUAAAGUGUGGUGGUUUGCCAUGUAAUUUAUAGCACCUGUCUCAAGUGUGAUGUGGUUUUCUGCAGCAUGUACACCAUAACUUGUCUCUAGAGUCAGUUUUCUGAUUCCUUGACCAUGUUGAGGUGGUUUGGGUGGAUCAACAGUCUUCUUCAUAUUGUUGCCCUUUUUUAAUCAUAGAUGCAGAAUUAUUUAUUUCUGGACCUGACAUCAUCAAUUUCCUGUGACUUUUCUCAUUUAAGAUGAUCGAAAUAGCUUCAUUUAACUCAACUUUCUUCUCACAGCUCAAUAUCUGUUGCCUGACCUGAUCAAACAUAGGAUUAAGACCAACCAAGAAUUUAAACUCUCCUGUCUAUGAAAUUUCGUAAUGCAGUAAUUUUAGUAGGUUUUUCGGUGUCAAGACUAAAAUAAUAGUCAAGUUCCACUUAUAGAUUCUUUAAUUCUCCUGGAUAUUCCGUCACUAUUUUACUCCCUUGCAUUAUUGACAUUGACUUUGUCUCAAGUUCAUAUAUGUGAGCUUCAUUAUUUUUCUGUGAGAAUUUGGUGUGAACCAUCUCCCACAAGUCCUCGAUAGUGGCUAAGAACAAAAAAUCAUGGCUGAUUUGUGGAAUCAUGGUUCCCCAUAGCUAAGUUUUAAUCAGGGAAUCCUCUUCUCUCCAUCUCUGAAAUUCUCGUGACAUUGGGUCUGGUUUCCCCUCUAUCAAGUGGUGUAUCAUGCCUCUUCCAGUUAAUACUUCAUGUAUAUGUUCUAACCAUUAUAUCAGAUUAUAUCCUGUCAGUUUAUACUCUAGAGGCAUUGAGCAAGAUUGAAUAAUCUUGUGCCUCCAAGAGCAAGAUUAACCUCUCUUGUGGAGAUUGAAUCAACCCCAGAAGAUGAAGCAACAUCUCCUGUAGCUUCCAUUUCAAGGAAUAGCCGUCUACUUCACGAAAAAACUGAUUUUGUGACCAAAUAUUGAACAGGAAUAUUCAAAGAACGGUGCGAGGACCAUAAUAUCAGAAUCACUAAGUGCAGAAGCGAAUUAGAGCGAUCGCACCUGUGUUCGCUCUUUGAAGAGACCACAGAGAUGGUGUGUCCCACGCCAGACAGAUGUGGUACCAACAGCAGUGGUACCUCCCUCACAGCUAACCAUAGAUCGUCAAGAGAGAGGGAUUUGAAACCCUCACCUUGGCUCUGAUACCAUGUAGAAUGGUAGUCCUCAAUCUGGUGUGCUGGAGAUCCCGCAACACCUUUGGAGAGGAAAGAAAAAAUUUAUUGAAUGAAAAACAAGAAUCCAUUUUACAAGACAGAUGGGGUCCAGUAUUUAUACUAGACACUUGUAAGUACAUGAUUACAAGUAUUCAGGGGAUAUCUGCCGAUGUAAAAGUACAGGGUAUAUUUGUAAAACCCUCACGACAACAGUUUGGGUAUUGAAUUGGUUUAACAUUCAAAUUGUCUCUCAAGUCCAUAAUGUAUGGGGGCUGACAUGAGGGCAUGCGCUAUCUUAUUCCUAUAGUUAAUGAAAAUGAACGCAAAUAAUGUGGUCUCGUGAUGUCUUUUCAAGUAGCACAUAACUAAAGUACCUCAUCCAAAGCCUAAGCAAAAAUCCCUGUUUCUUGAGGAUUAUGGCACACUUAUCUUUGGCCUCCUGGAACAAUGAUGCAUUAUGAAAGUAGACUAGACUUACUAAAUUAUCUUGGGCCGGAAUGCUGGUACCAAAAGGCAUUGUUGUGGGGAUGCUCAUUUCUGAUUUUUAAGAUUUAGUUUCCUUUUCCUUUUUAUUGAUAUGAUCAUUUUCGAAUUGAUGCUUUACUGAUGUACCUUUAGUCUUGAAAUGGAAUUUUUUGUAUAAAAUCAUAAAAAAUUCCUCUAAAUAUUAAUUAAUUUGCAAGGCCAAAAUAUGAAGGUAAUUAAGUAAUUUGUAAGAAUUCUACAAUUUCGGUGUGACACUAUGUUCAAUUGAUUCUUGCUCCACUUGUCUCUGGAAUACCUUUGAAUGUUAUGACAUCAUUAUACCAUUUUUUAAGUUGGUUGGUUUGCAUAAAUUAGUAUCUAGAAGAACUUGACUGUCUAUCCUUCCUGCAGGAAGGAAAUGAGUGCAUAUUAUUUGGAACAUGCUAGUGUUGAGCAUAUACAGAAACUAUUUGACAAUUUUGAGGAAGAAGCUUGUUCGCUACUUACACUUGGUCUCGCAAUCCCUGCGUAUGUAUAAGAUUUAGUUUUAUCAUAUGACAUGUUUUAGUGAGGACUGUACUUGGAUAUUUUCUUACAAUGUAAUUUUUUCCAAUGUGCAGUUACGAUCAACUUCUGAAGACCUCUCAUACAUUCAAUAUUUUAGAUUCUAGGGGCUUUGUUGGUGUUACAGAACGUGCAAGAUAUUUUGCUCGCAUGCGCAGGUGUUUUGCUACACUCAUUUUUUUUGGUCCUAGUCACCCAACUGGUUGUGUAUUGAGCAUUGUAACACCAUUUGUAUCUCGUUCAGUCAGAGUAAAGAUAAACAAUUCUGGUUUCGUAAUGCUUUCUAGCUGUAUUCUAAGGUGUAGAAACAAUCUAAUCAUCUCACAGAUUAAAAUGCCAUGUAUGAUUAAUGCUCCUGAUAGAAAGCCAUGAUUUUUUUGUUUUUAUUUCUUUUGAUGCCAGUUGUUACACUGAGAUAUAAACUGUAUAUCAUGCCAAUUGUUUCUUUUGCAUAUCGAAGAUAUUCUUUGAAAUACCAUCUAAUGUUUAUGAUUUAUGUGAGUAGGGAAUAUUCUCUAUUGGGAGAGGCCAGAGGAAAGGAAUCAGAUAGAAGUUCACUCAAUUUUCUUCCCAGUUUGACGAUUGAUUACAUUUGUGAUAGAACCCUCAUUUAUCAGUGUCUCAUCCAUUCCAACACGUUAGGCUAAAUACCUCUUGUAUGAUAUUUGACGCAAACCAAACAAGAAUAGUCAAUGGGGAAAAUUUUCAGUCUUAUCGAUUCGUAGAAAAAUUUCUGGUCAUAUACAGUUACCCGACCUCAAAAAAGGAAAACUACGUGGGUUGAAUCCCACAACUUAUAGGAUACUCAACCAAAUUAGGAAACUGACCAGCAAUUGAAAACUGGCCAAAUUAGAAACUGACCAACAACCUAACCGUUAAUUAAACGUUUUUUCGCACAAUAAUUCAUUGGCUCAUCUUCCUUACCAGUUUUCUAGAGCAUCUUGCAAGUGAUCUAUUUAUUGCAGCUAUUGGACAAAUGAUAUAGUGGUUAUCACCAGUGUUCGUUACUACCACAGUGAAAAUUGAAGUAUCCUAGUUUAUGACAAUUUGCAUUGUGUGGUGGCAGCAUCAAGGCAUUGAAACUGUUUUGUUCUUAUCUGCUAAAAAAAAUCCGAACUCCAAUUACAACACAGACUGCAAGUCCAACCUAUUUCAUUGUUUUUUUCUCUGUCUGGUCGGAUCUGUACAUUCUCAUUGUUCCUGUUUCUUUUUGCAUGUUCAACUUUCUUAUUUUGCCCUCUUACGCAUUGCAUUGCUUUCUUCUUUUUUUUUUCCCCUUUCGAUUGAUUCUCUUUCUUAUAGGCUUCAUUGAUUUGUUUCUGCGUGAUCUCUAUUUACACAUGGAUUAGACGAGUCUUAUUACAGAACCUGAUCAUUUUGGAGACGGACUUCCCUAGCCAUUAGUAGAGAAUUUGCCUUUCGUUUUAUUGUAGAUGAGGAGCCUUGUUGCUGUGUACUCCCAGACUGCUGCGCAUGGGUUUUGUUAAUCUAUUCCAUUGUUUGAAACAGUCAGCCUGUUGAUGAUUUGCUUAGAGUUACUGGUUCUCUUAGCUAUGUUGUCCAAGGGUGAAGAUUGUUUACAUGUACUGGGGACUCCACAAUGUUUUUUCAUCUAUAUCUUUUAAAUUGACCAUUUUUGUUAGAUAGGAACCAGUGUGGAUUCACUGUUUUCCAUCAUAGAUCGACUCAUUUUCUUAAAUUAUUGAAAUAUGUUUGAGUGCCAGACUAAACUGUAUUUUUGCAUAUACCCCUGAAAUAAUGAAGCGAGUGUGAGAAACAGGUUGAAGUUUGAAUACAUGUAACCUCAUGCCCUCUGAAGGUUACAUUUCUUGUCAAAGUUUUUUGACAAAGCAUCUCAGUGGGUAGGAUGUAUUCUGACUAUAUCUCUAGGUUGCAUUCGUUUUAUACAAAACUUCUUCUUUUUUUUUCAAUUUACCAAGUUACCUCGGGUAUUAUUGAAUUUUUUCUCCUUACAACCUGAUACCCAGUACAGUUGACAUAUGAAAUUGCGUUUGGAAGUCAAGUCGUAGGUGUAACAUCCCUGAGUACAUGAAUGAUGAAAUGAUGUUUUGUGGUUUAGUCUAAUGUACGGAAAAGUUUGUCUCAUCUUUGGUGACCCUCCUCCCCCCUUUACCGAAAACUAGAACCAGUUGUUGAACUUUUCUGUUCUUGCUGUACCUUGGAAUAGGUGAGAACCUAAUCUAACCAAAGUGGGAGAAUUAUGGUGGAUUUUGAUAUUAUAACCUUGUGGGUCAUACGUGUGUUCUCUUGCUCAAGAGUUUAAUUUACUGUGAUGUUUUGUUUAUGAAUUUUAGCAAGGUUUGUUAACCAUCUAUACCUUUUAUAAUUUUAAAUGUGCAGGUUUGAAAUGCUAUCUACGUCUAUGCCAACUUUAUUCAUUUUGUCUAUAGUGAUUUGUGGUAGUUAUAAUUUAGGCAGAUAUUAUAUCCAUAUUUUUCCUCAAUCAGAUUUUUCAUCAUAAAAGACGAUGGUUAGUGUAUUUACUGAGCAAUAAAUAAUUUCAUCAAGCAGUUUAGCUCGUCAAUGCGCUCAGCUUUGGGUCAAAACAAGGGAGUCACUCGGGCAUCCCUUGGGCAUAGCUUCUGGAGCCGCUGAACUUUUGUUUCAUAAAAAUAUUAUUGAGACUGAAUUAGGAAAGGUGAAUUUUCAUCAAUUAAGUUUCUUUCAGUAUCUAUGAGCUUUCAUUGACUUGUUCUUUUUCCUUUUCUAUCCAUGCUUUGUUAUGUUCAUUCGUUAACGUUUGGAUGCCAAUUAUCUCAGAUGUGAACUGGUUCCUUCAAUUUCCUUAUAAGUCUGUAGUGGUGCUUUUAAGAAGAUCCUUAUUCUUUCAUCAAUGGAUUAAUCAUUAUGGGUUUUGAUAUCUGGUAUUCCAGAUAAGAAUUGAAGGAUCUUCGACCAUGAAAUUCAGAUCAAUACAAUUUUUUAAGAAUUCAUUAUUAGCUAUUUGCUCUCACAGACUUUGUAGAAGUCCGCACAAACAGAUGUGUAAGAGAUUUGAUGUGAAGAAACAAUAAUUUCACGGACAUACACCUGAAUGUCCAAAUUUGGGAUACCUGAAUCCAUUUGCAUAUGCUUAUGUUGACAAUUGAUCUUGAUUGAGAUUGGUGCGACUUGGAGAAUGGAAGGAGUCGAUCUUCACGAUCCUCCUCUUCCAGGAAGAUGAACCAGUCACCAUUUCUUGGAGCAGGAUUUCCUCAAUCCGAAAUUGAAUACAUCAGUUAUCAUGGUGUCCCGCUUAAGUACGGGUUACAUGAGUAAAUGGGCUAGGCUCAUUACAUUAGUCUUUAAAUGGAUCCGUUAACAGUCUAAUGGAUCCACUUAACACAGGGAAUGACAGGAAAGGACGAGAAUACAAUGGAAAAGAAACAUAUAGAAAGGAAAAGCAAUCCUAGAAAGUUCAACAGUUUAUAAUGCCAAAAUUGGAGGAUCUCCUCCAUAUUUUUCAGCUUCGUUCUCUUAUAGAAUCUAGUAGCAAUGUACUAUUGUGUUUUGUUGCGGAAAAUCGUCAAUGUACUAUUUUUUUUUCUGCCCUGGAUGGCCAAUCGUUUAAAUUUUUUCUGAACAUUUCUGUUGCUCAGUUGUUUUUUUUUGUCGUGAAUGGUGUUUUGUUCAAAUAUUGCCUCUGAGUUAAACUCUGUGGCAGGUGACAGAAAAUCCUAGAGCCUUCGUUUUGGAGAUUGGAACAGAAGAGAUGCCACCGCAUGAUGUUACUGAUGCUGGGCAACAAGUAUAUUCUCCUUACUUGCAUAAACACAUGGUUCUUAUGUUCGAGUUCAAUCCUGUUUCCUUAUAUAGGUAUUACUAAGGGUAAAAUAGUUCUGUACAAUGUAGUUUUAAUGUUCUGAGUAAAUUUGUUGAUGUUUUUCUUUAAAUGAAAGAAAAUCCUUGGUUGCUGACUAAUGAAAUUCGCAUUUAUUUUGGCAGAUUAAAAGUCUGAUUAUAGAAGUACUAGCAAAGCGCAGAAUAAACCAUGGCGAAGUUUUGUCAUGUGGUACUCCACGUCGCCUAGUGGUAUUUUUUUUGGGAUUCUUUAUAUGAGUUUAUUUUUAAUGUCAUGAUUGUCUAGACCUCUAGAUUCUAAUAUCUGUUUUUGUUACAUGCUAAUUUUCAUCAGUUAAAUUGUGGCUUCUUUGUUUGCUUUCAUAAAAUUUCUUGGAUUGAAAUCACUUCAAAUUGGUCACGCAAAGUUAUUCGAAUCGAUGCUGUUUGGACUGUUUCUGUGGAAAAUAAACAGUGCAAAGUAUACAUCUAAUGUUUGGAGUUGUCUCUGUAUUUGAUGCAUAUAACUGUGUUAUCAGUAGCUUCUGGUGGUCAGACUAUAGGUGCCAGCGGCUUGGGGAAGUAAUGAGUGAACCAGGAGGCAAAUGAUGGUGCACUGACUUUAUAGGUGAAGAAUCAGAGUUAUAAAAUAGAUCUAUGGAAUUGGUGCUUGUGCAUUGUGUUCAUUUCACAAAAUCUCAUAAGAGUUUAAUGGUGUGAUGCGAUGAUAUGAGGAAAUAAUCAUUGAAUGGCACGUGAAGAAUGGCUGCUUCCAGUGAAUAAUCUUCCAGUUAAUGAAAGUUUGUAGAAAGUCAGGGUCUGCAUGGCACCUCUUUCUAGCCACUGUUAUACUGUCGAAUGCAGAUGAUGGGUUAUGUCAAAGCCUACGGAUGACCUGUUGUCAAAGUUCAUAUGAACUCAUUCAUCUCCAGAAAUGGCACCAUCUAUGCGUUUACAUAACAUGUUCUCUUUAUGUAUUGUGCAUGACAACUAAGAAUUGGGUACAUUUUCUGCUGAAUAAGCAAAAACAUGAUACUUUUGUUUUCAGCUAUGUAAAUUGCUGUGAUUUUAUCACUGGAAAAAAUAACCUAUAUGAAAUCAUAUUUUAGGUGUAUGAAAUCAUUAUCUGAUAAGACAUUUUCUCAUUGCAUUAUGGUUUGAUUAUAUGCUUGGGGUCAUCAUUUAGCCUGACUAUGAUUUUGAAGCACCAAUUCGUUAAAAGCACAUUUUUUUAACAUUACUGACUUAUUGAGGGCUUUUGUUUCAUCUUCUAGAUUGUAACUUUCUAGUACUUGCCUAUACUAUGCUUUAUGAGAUCUAGAAAAGCCUCUUGUUACAUUUUUCUUUGUCAAGUUUUUGUUUUAUUUUGAUAUCUUCUUUGUCUUUAGUACAGUUUGUGCUUCUCUAUUUUUCAAAUUUAUGAAUAAAUUUUACGAUGUAGAGGAGAUAUCCUUAAAAGUUUUCCAUAUUUUUCAGAUUUUUAUUGAGAAGCUGAAUUCUAAGCAGACAGAGAGUCAAAUUGAGGUCCGUGGUCCUCCAGCAAUGAAGGCCUAUGAUCAGAAAGGAAAUCCUACUAAGGUCAUUCCUCCAUUGGUUGCUCUAUUGCAAACCCCCCUCAUCCUCCCCCCUCCCCUCCCCCUCCAAGAUUCUUUUUCAUUUUUGAAGUGGAUGGUACGACAUUAAUUUCGAACGUAUGAUGGAGGAAUCUACUAAUUUACAUUUAAUUCAGCUCCCAAGGAAGUCUCCUAAAAUAAAGCUAGAAUGUGAAUGAUCUCAAGAUGGUACAAUCAGCCCCUUUCUUACUGCCUAGAUUCUCACUCCCUAUCAACUGAUCACAAAGACAGAUGCUGCCUACCAAUUCAGUUUCAUGCUUGAAUUAGUCGUUUUCUGGUCAUUGCAAGUGCCAUAAAAGUUUGUAUACAGGAUGACUUGCUAUACUUCACAGUUCCCUUUGAGUACCCUAUCCAAUUUUUAACUCCCAACGAUUUUUGCUAUUUGUUCCUUGUCAGGCUGCUGAGGGAUUCUGCCGCAGAUAUAGCGUUUCUCUGGACUCUAUUUAUAAGAAAGUAGAUGGUAAAUCAUUUAAUCUAAACAAUUGACUCAAAAUUUAUAUUUAUUUUUGUCUUUUUCCAUACAAGUCAGUGGUCCUCAAUUUCCAUCUUUAGUUUUUCUUAUUCUUGGUAAUUAGCUUAUUGUUUUGUUAAUAGGAUGUUCUAGUACUUUUAAUGUUCAUUUAAAGUAUUUAUAUGGCUUUAUAGGUCUAACCUCAUUUUUUAUGUUAAUUUUUAUCCGAGUGGAGUUUUACUGUAGAAAACUGAUUUGGCUUAUCUGAACAUCAUCCUGAUCAGAUCCACAAUCCAGCUUCCUGAUCUUAUUAGAAACCCAUUAUCGCUAUAAGUUUGCUGACAAAAGUCAUCACCAAAUAUUGUCUCACCUAGUCAACUUGCCCUUUUGUCUAUUGUCGUGAACAGCGGUGCAAAUGUAGGAGAAUAUACAGAGGAAAAACACUAGUGUUCACAUCAUAGAUGACUACUAUAUAUAGGUUCCAGGCCCACAAAACAAGGAAGCUACCUAACAACUAGGAAACCAACAAAAUAGGAAAUGAACUAACUACUAGGAAACGGUCCAACUAAGAAACGAACCCCUAACUAUGCAUUUUUUCCAAAUCUAUACACCCUUAUGCCUUGCACAAUCUUUAGUUUUACAGACUUUGAUAGGAUAAUUCUUGUAUUUUUCCCAUUUUGUUCCCCCUAUUUCUAACGUUCAAACCUGUUAAGUAAAUGGGAGAUCCAAUUUAAAACAAGUUGACAAUGAAUGGAGGAGGGUCUUUUGUUAAAACCCCUAGCUUUUUAUUCUUUCAACAGAAUGAGAUUAUCCCCAAAAUACUUAUUCAUUAUUAGGUCAAUUCUUUUUGUUACUGUCACAUGGACUACAUAAAUGAGGUGCACAAGCUCGGUACAGUACCUGAAGCAAACAAACUUCAGACAUAAGCUGAUCCUCUGAUACUAUGUUUAAUAAGUGGCUUGUCCUUCUCCAAACAAAUUCACAAUAGGUGUAGGCCCGUGUAUUUAAAUCACAGGAUUUUGUUUCCAAUUGAUAUGGGUCUAUUCCAACAAUAGCAGUGUGGAACAUACACAGUGGUUUCUGGGAAUCCUCUCAACCUUUAUGAUUCCAGGGAACUUUGAGACUUAAGGAUGAAAGAGGCUAGAUGUUCCAUAACUCUAGUGAUGGUGCUUCGUUUUUGGUUAUUUUAAAAAAAAUAAAAGUAGUUCUAUGUAUGUCCUUCAGAUUCAGUUACCCAUAAAUACUAAAUUAUAAUUCUAAAAGUUUGACUCCAUUCUUCCUCAAUACAGACCCUGACACGCUGCUAAAUGAAAAUGAUUCCCCUGUCCAUUCUCAUAUCUUGAUUCAAGAAUUAGGCAUUUGUGUUGACCUAGAUUGAACUAGGUCUUGGUUUUGACCUAAAUUAGGAAUUGAAAAAUUUAGUAGAAUUGAGCUCUGCAUGUUUGAUCUAUCUCUCACACAUGCAGCUGUGUUUACUGUCUAUAUGAACUGAACUGCGUGGAUUUAUGUUGUAGGCAAGACGGAGUAUGUUUAUGCUCAAGUAAGGGAACCUGCACGAUUUUCUGUGGAGGCAUGUGUCUAAUCUUUCCCCAUUACACGCCCAAUAUCCAUUUACUGUUUCCAGUUUGUAUUUAUGAAUCACUAUUGAUAGGGAUCUGAUCAUAUUCUUCUGUCUCUCCUGAUAAUCCAGAUAGGGAUCAGAUCUAUUGAUUUCCUUCGAAUUAUUUUUGACACGGAUAAUUUUUUAUGUGAAUCAGCUGAUUUCGCAAACCACUAUGAGCUUGCAUCCUUGUUUAUCUUGAACUUAACCAUCAUUUCUCUUCUUCCAUGUCUGGUCAUCUUCCUUUUUAGAAAGAGAAUUUCAAAGAUCGAAGAAAAUAGACAAUUUAUGUUGAGAUACAGAUCAUCCAAGUUUCUCCUAAUAUCAUUGUGCAUCAUUCAUGUUUCAAUUUAUGUUGAAACAUGGUUUAUCAACUAUAGUCUGACCUGUAUGAGUAAUCAAGUUUUCACAGUUUCCAUCAUUGAUAGAUAAUGGGAUCAGUGAAGUGCAGUUUCAACAUUUUAAAGAGAAGCUAUGUUCUAAAGACGAUGUAAAUAUAUCAGCAUAGUUGCAACUGAAUUACUAGAAUCUGACAUGAUAUUUGCUUUUCAAUCUUGAUCGGAAUUGAAUUGGAAAAAUCCGAUUAGCAAAUCUUUUUGAUACCUCGUCAAUGAUGGCAAGAUAAUUUUUGAAAAAUGACUAUGACACCUGUGGAUUUUUCAAAAGGAAAGAAUGAAGUUCUCCAAUGACUGUCUAUAGUUGUACACUAUUGAUGUUUAAAUUCAAUGUUAUCACGUAACAUUAUUGUACGUAGGAGACUGCUGCUGUCAAAGCGUGGUUCCUGCAAAUUAUUAUCAUAUUUCUUAUUGAAUUUGAUGGAAAUCGAUGCGUGAGAUUCAACUUUUCAUGAGGUUUUCAAAAAAAAAAGUGCAUCUAUACUAUGUUGGAGUUGAAUUCGAAGAUAAUUUGUGCCUGUGACUAUACUUCCUUUACGCUGGUGACAUGGUCAUGACUGGAGAUAUUGCUAAAUGAAUUCAGCUACUGAAAGAAAAUUUGACUAACGUCCUUGGCAGAACACUUGAAAACAGUUAAUGGAAUACUGUGAUGUGCUAUUUGAAUGUUCCUCUACUUUUAGUUUCAGAUUUCAUUUCUAUUACUGGUCUUCCUUCAGUUCCUCUAGUUUUUUAUUUUGUCUCUAUGAAUAGCGCACUUUGUAUAUUUCUUUUUUUAUCUUUUUCUCUGCUUUUUUCCUGGUUCACCUUCUUUCGUACUUUCGGUGUAUUAUCUGAGGUUUAAGCCAAUUCAAUGGGCAUUCCUUGAAGAAAAUAAGUUUUUUGUUCAUCAAAGUUGAGUGUGCUCGACAUUGAGAAAUCGUCUUUACCUGUUGCCACUCAUAAAAAUGGGAUUAGUGUGAUCUGAUUUUAUUCUAAUAUAUAUACCUCUGGUGGAACUUCAGCAUACAACCGCACAAACAUUUUAUGCUUUUAUUUAUGUUCAUUUUGAUUCAUGCACCGUUAUUGGAUGAUUUUUUGUGUUACCUGGAUGAAAAAGGCAUCCAGCCAACCUAGCUGGUUUUAUUAGGUCUCAUUCGCUUCUUCAUUCCAUUUGGCUGUUUGCCACUAAUUUGCUACAAACCAAAAAUUAAUUGCUGCAUGCUGGUAGCUCAGUGAGAACAAUUCAUUUCAUGCAGUUCAUAAUGCGCUUUGACAUCUGUGUGUGGGAUCAAAAUUGUCUGCGGAUGAUGUAGCUACUAGAGAUUGUAUAUCAUUUUUUACGGGUUUUUUACCUGUUGCUAAUUAACUUGAUGUUAAUAUAUGCGGAUAGGUGCAUGUGUAAGUAUUCAGAAUUAGACUUUGCUGAAGUAGCUUGCAUUGUCACCUAUAUAGGCAGUGGAUUGUUGUCUUGAUCGCUUUGGUCUUCUUAGAAACUAUAGGGUAUUACGUUUAACUGAUUUGAAUAUCUUAUCUUGACUUAAUUUGUGAAAAAUACUGCUGCAAAACUUCACUCUGAUUGUGUACAGUCCUUCGCUCUCUUUGUCAUGCCAUGAUGCUUAAUGUUGAAGUGAUGGUUUCCACUCAUCAAUAUUCAUGCCAUAAAUUUAACUGUGCUCCUUGGUUUUAUUCUGUUUGUUUAGGUUUUAGCUGAGGACUUGCCAGAGAUUAUUGGAAAGAUAUCAUUUCCGAAGUCCAUGCGCUGGAACUCUCAAGUAGAUGCAUUCUCAUUUCGUUUCUUUUUUAUAAUUUCAGAGCUGUGAUAUUUAAUGUUCAUAGACAACUCAGUUUUUUAUCCUUUCUGUUAGUGGUGAAAAUAGGGUAGCUUUGUCAUUUUGUCUCAUCUAAUUAUUUGCAAAAUGUUGUUGCGUCCUUCGCCAUUUUUUUAAUAUCCUUGUAGUGGUAGAAGGAAAGAUAGUCUCUGAGUCCUGUUUGAAUGUGAUUUUUGACAACAUGAAGAAAAGAACGACGUCAUGCAUAGAUUCAAGAAAGCAAGGGAUGUGAGAAAACUGGUGUAUUUCUCUGUAACUGGUUCUUGAAGAAAAAAUUGCGAAAUAAGUGAGAUUCACAUAUGUCCAGUAGUCAGUUAUUUUCUCUGACAUCUCAAAGGAAAGAGAAUCUUCGGAUCUCUGUGUGAGAGUGUCUAGAUUAUUAUGAUGAUUGUUUCCGUUCUUAGUUAAUAGACAAUCAGAUCCGAAAACUUCAUGUUUCCUUUUUGAGUGAACAAAGAGUACCGCAGGCCUGCAAAGUCAGCGAUGUUCUUGUAUUUUUUUUUCAAGAUAGUGAGUCGUCUAAAAGUUAAAUGCAUUUCGAUUGAUAGUAUGUAAGGCCCUAUUCUCCAGACACAGUUUGCUUAAUUCAAAAUGGUGUCAUGUUCUUUGAUCAAAGAUGAACCAAUCUCUGUUUAUGGCAUCUCACAAGAUGCAUGAACAUUAACAUAUGUUGGGUAACUAUUUGGUCCUCAUGUCUGACGCCAAGUUCAGGCCAAUAGAACCUGUUUCAAACAGGUUAUAAUUUUUUGAUGGUUUUCUUAAUCUUCAUUUAUUUGUUAUAUGGCUGACAUCACUGGCAUCAUUGUAACCUAGAUUCAAACACAUAUUCAAUUUUUACUUUCAGCUUAUGUUUAGUCGGCCAAUCCGCUGGAUUCUUGUACUUCAUGGAAAUGCAGUUGUUCCAUUUUCGUUUGCAGGCCUCCCUAGGUAAUUAUGCUUUGGAUUUCUAAUCAUUACCAUUGUUUACUGGUCAUGUCUAUACAGUUGUAACUGCCAAUAGUAUUCUGGCUCUUAGAUAAAUGUAUUUUGUUAUUUUAUUUCUUUCUAGAUUCCUUUAUUUGUAUUUCAAAUCAUCUUGCCAUGUUUUCGAUUUUAAUCUAUGCCAGAACUUGCUUUGUUCAAGUUCUUCCCUUAAAUGAAGAGUGUUUUUGCUUUAUCUCCUUGUAAAUACCUUACUUUGAUUUAAGUUUGUCUUUUUUAGUGUUUUAUAUACCUUCUUCAUAUCAUACAUGCUCUUAGAAACAAGGGUCCUCCCCACUCAGUUAAUGUAUCCUACUUGUGAGAGCGUUUCCCUCCAUAUAAAUCUUCUCUCCCUCUCUCUUUCACUAAUUCUCUCACCUUCUCACUCCUCCACUCUCUUUAUUAGACUAAUUUUCUUAGAUUUUCCUGUGUCCAUCUCUAAUGUUACUCCCCUUUACCCUCUCCCAAUCAUUCUCUGUCAUGACUCCCCCACUUCUGCUCUUUGUUCCUCUCCAUUUCUGUCUUUGGCUUUCCCACCACCUCUCCCUUUCACCUUUCCCUAUUCCUGUUGUGGCAUAAAUUUUGGCUUAAUCAAGUGGUGCAACAGAGCACAUCCAUUUCCUUGUUUUGUUUUUCUUGUUCUGAAAGUGGAGGGAUGGGAGAGUGGGAAGGACGGUUUGUAGGGGUUGACUUGAAGAAUGAGAUGAGUGGGGGAUGGGGACUAAUCAGAAGGGGAGAGACGUGAGGAGGAAAAUUUUAUGCCCUUAGCAGGAGAGGUAAAAGUUUGAGAGAUGGAGAUUAAUGCGAAGAUCCUGAGGGAUAGUGAAGAAAACAACCAGGAGAGGGGGCGGGAAGAGAGAGGGAGAAGAGAAACGGGGUUGAGGGGAAAGAACUGGAGAGAGGAAGGGCUCGGGAUUUAAUUCCUCAAUGUUAAUGGCCAGGAACUGGGGAUCAACAUGAAGAGUGGGAGGAAUAGGACGGGGCCUAUGAACUGGAUAGGGAGGAGGAAAGCUGACGAGGGCAGGAUGGAGGUAUUAUAAUCAAAUUUGAAAAAGUUAACUUAGUUGGACAGGUGGGGGCACAUUUCUAAGGUUAUAUAUGUUUUGGGGAGGUAUAAUUUUUAUUGGAAAUAAAGCUUGUAGAUUGUGCGGAGUGUUCCCAAGUAGCUAUAACCAAAAUCUUUAAAUGCUAGUUUAUCUAAUUGAUGUGUGCUUUAUGUUUUGAUAGUGGAAAGAUAACUUGUGGUCUCCGCAAUUCACAGUCAGCAGCACUUGAGGUAUAGCAUUAGCCUUUUCUCAUUUAUUUUGAUUAUAAGGAGACUAAUGGCUUUAUUUCUUUGCCGUCUUUAAUCUGCCAUUGGUGACGUCAAUGCUGUUUUUCUUGUUGUCAAUGAUGCAUCUAAUUUGCAAUUGCUGGAAAGAACUAUGUUCCAUAUCCUUUUCUAACUGUACGCCGGUGGUUUGUGUAUGAUUUGAAAUCAUGGUUUCAUGAAUCUGGACUCUCAACCUUUCAGAAGGGGCACAAUCAAAUACCAUUUUCUAAUUGGCUUUCAGAGGAUCUCGAGUGGAAUUGGUAGGACAAUCUGAUCUGUCAGAAGCAGUCUAGUGGGAUGAGCACAAUUCAGUGUUCGGCAUACAUUAAUUUAUAUGCAUUAUACUGAAAUAUUUGGCUCCCUAAUUCCUGACCAUCCUUACUUUUUUGGAAAAGCAUUUGAGUACGAUGGGAUGUUGGGAUUGUAAAUCAUUGUCAAGAGACAUUGUCACUUGGCAUUGACACUAGGGAGGCAGUGCAAAUAACUGGAGUCAUAAUUUUCCUUCAGUUUUCUUCUCUCUUCCUCUUUGCCAUCUUCCAUUGCCCUCAGUUGGGUAUCUUGUUCUCGUUCUUCCUCUGAUGCUGGCUAAAGAGCAUUGGAAACUAGGUUAUCCGACAAUCCAAAUCAUGAUAAAUCUUUGGGUAUAGAUUCAAUUUAAACUUGUCUCUUUCUUUUUCUGUUCUUGGGUGGCGGCUAAAAGAUAUGAUGUGAUUGGAAACUGGCUUACCCUAACUUCCGUAUCAUAGUCAGUCUUGGAGUAUGAAAUGCACAUAUGCGAGAAAAGUGCAAGAAAUAUAUGCAGACAUAUUCUUAAUAUCAGUAGUAGAGCUACAGUUACGUAUUCAUUUGCAACAAAGUGCACGUCAUGGAAAUUUCUUGAUAAGAUGUUUGCUUAUCUAGGUUAUUAGCUUUAGGUUCACGAUCUCCACUAUAAUCCUGCUCAUCUCCCAAGAGCCAAAACCCGAGGGUACAUUAUUGCUUUAGAAAGUGGCUAGUUUGAAAUACAUGCUAGGAAAAUUGAUUACACAUGAGUCCUGACAUCAGCAAAGGAAGGGGUUGCAAUGUAUAGUUUGAGGGGGAAGGGACAAGUUUGUUAAGGUACCUGCACCUGAGGGUUCCUUUCGAUGAGGCAAUUGAUUUAGAUCUUUUUUUUUUUUUUUUAAUUGAUUUAGAUCUUACACUAGAUGAUGAUUGAGAAUAAAAAGAUACUUGAGAGUUUCUAGGGGAGAGAGAGUAUUGUGCGUAUAUAGUUGUUGAAGUGUCCUGGUGAGCAUGUAAGAAAUUUGAGAGUCAUGCAAAUGAUUUGACAACUAUAGAUGUAACAUCCUUUCACUGAAGGAUAAACUAUUUUUUAACGUUGGCUAGGUGACAAGGUGACACAAAAGCCCAAGGCAUUUAGGCUGUCUAAGUGAGUGGCCAAUAAUGGGCUUGGCCAGACCAUAUGAACUACAGCGGCAGGGUACUAGGGUUUGCGGAAGAAACUAAUUUGAUUGGAAACCACGGGGUUAUGUGUCAUGUACCAUCUAAUGCAUUGCUUGAACAUUUGAUGCUGGAAAGGGUAUUUUUGGAAGCAUAUUGAAGUAGACAUCAUUUUCUAGUCUUCAUUCCUUAUCCUAUUGUAUCCAUUAUAAUGCGCUUGUGGCAUAACACAAGUAUCAUUCCACUGUUAAUUCGGAGACAUUGAUAGCAACAAUGGUAGCAGGAGUGAUGCCAGGGGGAGGCACCCUUUCUGAUUUUCUGAAAGUUUUCUUCAAUUAGUCUGGGUUAGACUGACGACAAUGAUUCACAAUGAUAUCAGUGUGAAUAAUCUUUGAUCAGCCAACUUCAAGCUUGCUUGAUGCAAUGGAAUGAGGAUCUAAUCAAAUCGAACUACCUAAAUACAUGCUGUCUCAAAGUGGCUAGAUUGGAAACCCCUGGUUUUAAGUUUCCAUUAAGCUUUUCUUCUAUUUUGUGCCAUUCUCCUUGGCACUUUCCCCCCUUUCAAUUUGUAUUGUUGAAGGGACACAUCAGCUAUGGCCUACCCAUUAUCCGUUGGUAACACAUAAAACGUGGUGGAAACAUUUAAGAGCCAGACGUUUAGGUCGUGGCUUUAAGAAAAGGUUUUCUUGGUGAGAUGUACCUUUGGCUAAUGUCACUGUUGUGUAUAAUCGCUUGUAACUGUUGAAGGAAUUUCUGCUGGAAGAAGAAAGAGUCAAAUUAUGUGAGCUUUUGUUAGAAGGUUUCUUGUCAUCUUACUUUGAAAGCAUUAUAAAAGCUGAAAAACUCUACUUAACCUAAUUUAUUAUAGAAACUACCUAAGCUCUAUUGAUCUAUUUUCAUUGCACGUUCAAAAGAUAAAUUGCCUAUUUAAUUUCCAAGAAAUAGUAGAAAAAUAUUAUUUUUAAUUAAAUGCUUUAUAUAAUUUUUAUCAGUAAAAUUCCUGUUAAAUACUUAAAAUUUGGAAUCCCAAAAAAAAUUCUAUUUAAUUGAUAAAUUAUAGACAACAAAAUCUCUGUUGAAUUUUUCAACAGAGAUUCCUAGUGCACUCUACAAAAAUCAAUUGAAGCAGUUGAACCCACCCCAUUGGCGAUGGUCCUACUCUAAUUGUUGAAGGCCACAGAUUUGUUCAAAGAUUCAGGAUUGUUUUGAAUUGUGUCAUCCAUCUUCUUUUCUAUUUUUUGUAUUUUGUUGUUCCAGUACUUCUGCCGAUGGAAAAGAAGUGAAUAUGAGUACAUUCGGUCAAAAAUUUACAGCUUUGGCGAUCACACUUAAAUUAUUUAAACUGUAAAAUUCUGAAAGGACUCAGGAUUUUCGUGAUUUCCUAUUCUUGAUUUUCUUUUGUAACAGCAUUGGUCUUCAUUCUUGCCCGUUAGACGUGCUUAUUUCAGAUGGUUUUCGAUAUUCUUUUGCAGAUAGAAAAUGCUGAGUCUUAUAUUGGUGUUAUGGAGAAGACAGGGAUCUUGACUAAAAUUGAGGUAAGUUUGAUUGUCUUUUGAGUUGCUUUUCUUAUUGAAGUUUUCCUUCUUGCUGAUAUUAUGCAAAAAGGACAUCGUUUAAGCUGCUUUCCUGAUGUUCUUUUUUUUAAAUUUAAUUUUGACCACGUGAUCAGUGAAGAAUGUGUUCAACUAAUUCUAUGGUGCGUCGAUUCUACUUUUUGAAAUCCCAUCAAGAAUUUCACAUUGCUUUUUAUCUUGUGUUCACAUUGGUCUGGCGUUUUGUCAUUCUUUAGAAAUUAAUUCAUGGUGUCCUAUCUGCUUGGUUAAUGGCAACAUUUGUUCCUUUUGGACACAAAAUUAGUGUGACAAUAAGGGUAACAUAUGUUUGGAAAUUCCACUCGUGUUAGUUCCAAUAGUAGUCGUUGAAAGUUUUCAGGGAGAUAUCUUGGAUAGCCAUUAUAAAACUGGAAAUUAGUUUGAAUCCUGAACUGCUAAAGUUGAAGUCUAAUACUUCCUUAUAUGCUACGAUGUAACAGGAGCGCAAGCACAAAAUCCUGCAGCAAUCUAGUUCCUUAGCAGAUAGUGUUGGUGGGCAGCUUCUGUAUGAUGAUAGCUUACUUGAAGAGGUAAGCAUUCACUUUUAAAAUUUCCCCUUAUUUCAUUGAGUGUGAUAAACGACAUUGUUAAAUCUGAUAAUUUAUUGUAUGUAGGUUUCAAAUCUUGUUGAAGCGCCAGCUCCUAUACUUGGGCAGUUUGAUGAAUCAUUUUUAGAGCUUCCCGAAGAAAUAUUAAUUAUGGUAAAUGAUUUGAGUUAUCAACUAAAUAUUAAUCUGCAGAUUUGGUUUUGAACUGUGUUUUUAUGUAGUAUUUUAGGCCUCAGACCAUUUCCAUAUUAAAAUGGCUUGGAGUUUCAUUGGAAAUACUUUACAACAUCUAUGACUAAAUUCAAGAAUCAACACCUACUGGAAGACGCAUACGGUUGUGAAAUUGACCGUUAUGUUAAAUCAGAGGCUUGAAAAUCAUUACAUUCCUAAUGGAAGAUUUUGAGGACAAGAUCUGCGUCCUGGAAGAAGCUUACCGAGGUAGUAGAUGCCAUGAGGACUACAAGUCUGGGAAAACCAGGGAUUCACCCUAGUUUAUCAUAGAUAAGUGUAAACUUUUUAAUCAAAGCGGAAUCUUGGAUUACUCAGGUCUCACUAGAUCUGGAUUGAGAUCAGAUUGACGAUAGCAUCUUAUCUGGCAAAAUAGAUGGAUUCGAAUAAAUUUUAACGAAAAGGAUCCUAAUACAAUUUUAAAGUAUAUGCAUAAAUAGAUAAAAUAAAAGAGUUUAUUGGUACAAACAAUUUUAAUAGAGAACUACUAUAGUGCAGCCCUUUCAUAAAAGUCCUUGUUCUGCCCUGAACCUUGCCCAUUUUGUAGGCGAGUGUUUGGUAUUGGUCAGGUAGGUGGGUUAGAGUGCAGCCUGCUGUAGUGGUAGAUUGUAGUGGAUGGCAUAUUGUGGCAGCAUGCAGUUUGGUUUUCAGAAUUGGAUUGCAUCAUUGUCUGUUAAGUGUCCCAUUUGAAUGGUAAUCAUAUUAAGCAAAUGAAUCAGUUUAGGAUAGAACCUCAUCUGAUAUAUAAUUCGAAAAAGACAUUCUUGCAAUGUUCCAGAGGAGUAUUUUCAAGAUGGAUUGGAUUCGUUUGAAUGUCUUCACUUCUGGCCUGUUGUGCUAACACAGGGUUUUGCACGUCGUCCCUUCAUCAGGGGAUGCACCAUGUGUCUGGCUCUAUGUGAAACUGAUAAUCCAAGGAAACUAUUUAAAAUGGGGAGAGAAACAACAAGAAAAUGAAAAUCCACCUGUUAGGUAACACCAAGCAUGUCAACUAUUUUCUCUUCAAGUCUCCUGGUGUCAGCCUAUGGUGCUCCACCCACCCUCUGUCAUUUUCUUCCCACUUCCUGUUCCGUUCUCUUUUGGCAAGUUGUAUAUGCGGUUCUUCCGUCCUUCACCUGGACAGUAGUGUUCUGGCCAGAAAUGGUCGAUCAAAAUGAGCCCACCUAAUUCUUCUCCUCCUAUCCUCGAUUGACAGAGAUGGGGUGUUGCUUACCUCGAUUCUCACUCGUCCUGUAGUGCCUCAAACAGUCCUGGAAUCAGAGUGAUCAAUAAGAAUCAUGGGAGGGGGGGAGGAUUUGAGGCACUAAAAUUUGUUCAAACUUGGUUUGUUCCGAUCCAAAUCACCUCGUCUUGCUAAACGUGCUAGUAGUGGAACUACCAAGACUGGACAGGUUUUUGUGAACCACUCAGAGUAAUCAGGAGGCUUCUUGAUAAAGAUAUCAUGCCAUGUAAAUACCAUUUGACAUCUGUUAUCCCAUCGAUUGAUACUUUAACAGCCAAACAAAUUCAGGACAGGGAUGCGAAGAGUUCAAGAAAUUUAGCUGUCAUAAAUAAAACAUGUAGCUUGACCAAGGACCUUAGACUCAGAUAAUCAACCUGGAUAAGAUAGUUUUUGUAGCUCCUCAUUUAUUCUACUAUCUCAACGUAGCACCCAGAUCUAUAUACGUGAUCCAAUCAUGUUCUGUUCAAAGAAGAAUUAAACACAGGUUUCUAACAGGACAGGAAUAUCUCCUCUCAGAAAGAAAGGAAAAACAAGGGAACUGCCUGUUGCAAGUUGGGGUGUGGUGGCGAGUCAUGGUAAGCAACAAUCUUUGUGGUGGGAUGAAACUAAAGCCAUUUCACAAUGGUAAGGUUCAUACGUUAGUUGACUAAAACGGAAGGUUUUUUAAGAAUCGAUAAUUAUAAACAAAGAUCACCAUUUUCUCCUCUCCCUUUUGGGGAGGAAAUUUAAAACAGGAUAGGAGCUGAAGUGGGUGUUUUCCCAGUUCAUGAAUAUUGAACUGUAUGUUUGCUGAUAUCAAACGAGCUUUCGUUCAUCAAGUUUAUGGAUUUAUACUGUCCUUAAUGCUAGUGUUUCUUUCAUAUUGUUUGCUAAAUCGUACUUGGACUUGAAUUCUUUCUAGAAAGAUCUAAACACUUAUUGAUCAUGGUUGACUGAAAUCCUUUGCGAACAUCAAUUUGAUUAUUAUGGACCACUAUAUUUAUCCUAGCUUUCAAUGGUUUUCUGCCCCAUAAUUUUAUAGUUCUUCUAACGGUCAUUGUAUUACCUAACAGGUUAUGCGCAAACACCAGAAAUACUUCCCUAUAACAGAUAAACUGACUGACAAACUUCUGCCAUUCUUUAUCUCAGUGAGGCCACUCUCUGCAUAUGAGACUUUCUUUUAAUCUACACAAUGUUUAAACUCUAAGAUCACUGGAAAGUUCUGUCUAUGAUUGGCUCAUGGAUUCUGUUUUCCAGGUAGCAAAUGGCGCAGUUAAUGUCAAAGUUGUGAAGAAAGGAAAUGAAGCUGUACUCAGGUUUGUUAACAUCUGGUGUUCUUUUGCCAAAUGCAAGGAGAGUAUUGUAAACCAACACAAAUGCCUCAAAUGGUUGUUUCCAAAAUAAAUUCCUACCAUCAUGGAUUUCGGCUCUUUAAAUUUAUGAUUUUCGCAGGGCAUUUUCUAUAAAUGCCAUAUGAUUUUCAAAUUAGCAAUUUUGCUUUCUUGUCUUAGUGCAGACGCUUUGCAAACUGAGUCUGUCUCACCAUUUGGACCUACUGAAUCGUAAUCUGCAAUGAGUGUAUAGCGUCCAUUUGAGGAGUUGGGACUGCUCUAGUCUCGAGCCAACUCAGCAUAGAUUCCCAACUUGUGACAGAUGACAUUUAUCCAAUAAUAUUAUCUAAAGUGAGUUUGAGCAACGUCAAGUUGGCUUGGAUCCUCUUUGAAAGGGUGUUGGCUCACUAUUAAAGUUUUGAUGCGCCUAAAGUUUUGAUCCCCUUAAAUCAUUUUGUUGAGAUUCUAUUUUAAUGGAAGGUAUUUCACAUUAAGGUUUCAAAUAAAGAGUGUUUUUUGUUGGCAUUGAUUCAAUGAAAUUAUGCCAUAUCCUAAAAGUUUUAGGUGUGUGACUAACAAAUUUGUACUAUUUGUUGACCGAUUUCAGUGGUUUAUUUGGUACUGAAUGGCUGGAUCUAAAUAUGGUAAACAUAAGCCUUUUUUAUUUUAAUUUUAACUUGAAUCAAUUCCGUUUUUCCGCUCCAAGACAUACACAUUUUGCCAACUUGGUGUCCCACUCGGAGGUCUUAAGGCUAUAAAAAGGAUUGGGUGAUCUAGGUGGAGAUUUAAAAAAGUUUAACUUCACAGGCCAUGCCUUUAAAAGUUUAUUUAUGGAUGUAACUCUGAAAAAUAUCUUUUUAUGUAAAAUGAUCAUUUCUAUUUGUUUGAAACCUGAAUUGGCUUUUCAGAAGAAUUGGCUAAUUGGGCUGAUCCAAUCCUCUUAUGAAUUUGGUCAGAUUCCAUUGAUCCAAGAUCCUGUUAUAUCUUCUUUAACAGUACAUGUUUUGAUGUUCAGUUAGUGUGAUCAGAGAAAGGUUUUUCCACUGAAAUUUAAACAUGCUUUGGUGUUUGUUUUGGUUUGGGAUGCUGUUGAAUAUUUGUGAUUCACCUAAGACCGUUCACUAUCCAGGAUUUGAGUGCAGUAUUCUUUCUUCCCCGUAUUGAAUGUAUGCCCGCUUUGACAGUUCUAAACUGGUUUUUAUCUGUCCUCAAACUUGUACUAUCAAUCUGCAUAUGCAGAGCCCGAUAUGAGGAUGCGAAAUUUUUCUACAAAUUGGACACACAAAAAAGCCUUGCCGAAUUUCGUACACAUCUGAGUGGAAUUCUCUUUCAUGUAAGUAAAUGUCCAGACAGCCUUCCAGGAACAAUGCAGACUUGCUAUAGAUUCAAUGUGGCGAUUGUGAACUGAACAGGAAAAACUUGGGACUAUGUUAGACAAGAUGACGCGUAUCCAACGGACAGUCUCUAAGUUGAGCUUUGCUUUGGGUAUGGGUGAGAGUCUUGUUCCAGUUGUUGAGGAUGCUGCUGCAUUGGCGAUGUCAGAUCUUGCUACUUCUAUUGUUACGGAAUUUACAUCACUGGCUGGAACAAUGGCUCGCCACUAUGCUUUGAGAGAUGGUUCUCCUGAGCAGGUAUUAUCUUAAUUAUGCAACCGUAUACUUUUUUUUACUAACAAUUUGCAUCUGCCUUAUCUGUGUUAUAAAAUUUCUACCUCUCCCACGAAAAUGUUGUGUUUAGGAAUUUAUGUCUAAUAGAAGUCUUGGAGGUUUCCCGCUAGAGUCAUGUAUUGUCCAAUAUUUACCAUAACCGUAUGCCCCUGUUGAUUCUUAAAUGGUUUAAAUUAUGAGAAUUAACAUCCUGUUUGUGUACUCUGAUAUUUUUAUUGAUAUCUUGCUAUGGAUUCUUCAAUGGAUCUCUAGAAAAAAAAUCUAGUGCAGCAAUCAGUAACUUGCAGGUUUUGUUACCUCAAAUGAAUCUUAAUCAAUUCAUAUACAAGUGGCGACGAAUAAAAGGUGCUAGAAAAACUAUAAUGCCUCUUAUUUUCUAUGAGUAGAUUAUAAAUCGCACAUUUUAUUUUUUAAAUUUGUAAAAUUAGUUACUUAGGUGAAAAAGUAUUUUUUACUAUUCGUCAUUUGCCACUAGUUUAUCUAUAUUUUUGUCUCUAUAAAAUACGAAUGAAAAUGCAUUUUUUAUGAAAUCAGUUCCGAUAUGUGAUUGGCUGUUGUCUCUCAUACAAGUAUACUUGUUGACUUUUCAUGUCUUUCCCUGUUGAAGGUUGCAGAAGCCUUAUAUGAGAUCACACUUCCCCGAUUUUCUGGGGAUGCCCUUCCGAAAACUGAUGCGGGAAUCAUUUUGUCCAUGGCUGACAGGUCCUUACUGAUCGUUUUUCUUCAAUGAACUAUGAUUUAUAUAUGAAAUUCAAAGUAUUGAAUCUAUUUGUAGUUCUUUCCUCUUUUUCUUGUCAGACCUUAAUUCGAAUCCCCAAAAACACGAUCUGCCUGAGGGAAACUUAAAUAUAAUAAAAAACCAUGUGGCAUAUCUAUUGUUCUAUGGAAAAUUAUGUAUUUUAAACUUUUCUAGAUUCUUUAUCUACAUACCUUUUUUCUAGAUAAAAGUUGAAUCAUUUCUAGCUGUGAAUUCUAUGUCACAGAAUAUCAAAACAAAAGAACAUAUAAAGGCCCUGGUCUAACGGUGUUUUAGCAGGGCAUUUAUACUUACGCGAUCAGCUAUGUUUCAAGAAAGUUCUUUCACAUCUUAAUUCUCUGUAUCGAUAUUUUUCAUCCUGUUUACCUUUGGUUAUUUUCAUUGACCUAAUGACCGUUGAUUUGGGAGACAUUCUGGUCACAUAGCGGGGAUUCUUCCCGGUUCAGUUUUUUUAUUUUAUUUUGCCAAUGACACGGCCUGACCAGUGGCUAAAAAUAAUAAUGGGUCUGAGGAUAGUCUAGCUUGUGCAGGUCUCUGAUUUCCUUCCCAUUUGAAAAGCACAUUCUGAUAUCUUUGUUAGACUGAAAAGCACACACGGUCCACUCUCCUUUGUACAUUCCACAGUACAUUAACUUUUUUUAAAUACCUCGAUGACGUGAUUAGAUUCAUUUCAGCACAAGUAUUCAUGUAGGUUCUCGUUACUUUCAAGAAUGUUAUUUCUCUAGGAGCGUGUCUUUGAAAUUUUCUGUACAUAUUAGGCUUAUGGUAGAAGUAACCAUAGCGUUAUCGAAUUGGGUCUUCCAACUGAAACUCCCUCCAAUGAGCCCUGAUUCUACAGCAUUCUUCCUCAGCAAUUAUGUAUUUAGCCUAAGAAAAUGAAAGCCGCUGAUUUAAUUUGUCCGCAUGGCUGUCCAUUUCUGAGCAUUCAUAUUACAGUUAUCCUCGGUCAGCUUCUCUUGUUUUCCAUUAGUGUUAUUCUUGUCAAGUUGAGUUUUCCAAUUUAUUACAAUAAAUAGUCCUGCCGUUGCCUGUAAAUGUACUAGACGUUAGCUUUCGUCUGUCUAUGAAGGACAAACAGUGAACCACAAAUAUGCAAUAAAGUAUGACCCAAGCUUCCACAUUGCUCGAAAUGGAGUUAAAUAUACUGUCGGGAAUUCAAGAGUUUUUUCUCUAAGUUUUUUGAAAACUCAAAUCAUAUGUACUAUUUGGACCGCUGCAUGGGUAAAUCUCUGUACAAAUUUAUGAUAUUUUUCUUUGGAGGAACCUAAAGCUAGUAGUAAAUGCCUACUCUUUAAUCAUAAUUUUAUUUUCUUUUUCCGACCACCAAUUCAAGAAGGAUUCCAUUUUUCAUUGCUCUGUACAAAUUUUUUACUCGACCAUUUUUCAUCAUGCCUUCUUUUACUGUUUCGUCAUGAUAUCUAAAUAUGGAAUGAUGCGAUUGUUUCCUAUGAUAUAUAGAUUAGAUAGUCUUGUCGGACUGUUUGGUGUUGGUUGCCAGCCCACAUCCACCAAUGAUCCGUUUGGAUUGCGAAGGAUCUCAUAUGGCCUUGUAAGUUCACAAUGAUAUCCUUUUAGUUUAUUCAAAAGAUGCCGAUCCGUGGGUUGAAUCUUUUUUACAUGCACUGACAGGUCCAGAUAUCAGUGGAAAAUAAGAAGAAGUUUGAUCUAAGAAAUGCUUUGGAGCUAGCUGCAAAUGUCCAACCUGUCAAUGUGGAUUCGAGUACUUUAAAUGACGUGCGAAUUGAAUUGAUAUCGGUUCAUAUUUUUAGGUUUUCAUCUUCGUAGUAUAAGACGAUUGGAUUUUUUCAGGUACAUCAAUUUGUUACCCGAAGAUUGGAACAAUUUUUGGUAUGUAUCCCUGCAAUGUCAAAAUAAAGAAUGCAUCCAACUGAUUGCUUACAAUCUUCCUUCUAAUUUUAUCUCUUGACCCUCUUGGACUUGGUCUGUUUCUUCAUUCUUGAGCAUGGUUCUUAUAUGAGAAAAAAGCAGCCAUAAGCACUCGAGAAAUGGUCUUAUAAUAUUUGUCUGAAAUUAUUUUUUGUAGUAAAGUCGUGUUUUCUCAUUCAACAUUUACAUUUUCUGACAAAGUUUAAGAUUAGUUUAAGCCUCUGGUUAAAUUAUUUGCAUGGGCAACUCAGCAAGAUCCUAGGGUGGAACGACUAGUCUGAAUUUUACCCUUUCUUCUACGUUAGCUGAUCUGACUUUUUUCUGUUCUUUCCGUGUGCUAGGUUGAUAAAGGGAUAAGUCCUGAAAUUGUUCGUUCAGUGCUUCUAGAGCGUGCAAAUUGCCCAUAUCUAGCUGCAGAAUCAGCAUUCGAGGUGAAACAUGUUUAUAACUUUAAUAUUGUAUGGUUCACAGGUUUACAAUCAAAUACUUGUUUAAAAAUCAUCUGAUCGUUUUACUACCAAUUAUAUAGAAAAAAUUGUCAUCUCAUUCGGCGAAUAUCAUUUCCGUUAUGCCACUUUCUGCGGGGAUGUUCAUCUCCAUCCAGCAUUUAUUUAAAAUAUAGCUGUAAUAUUGCUCUUCAAUCCAGUAUUUUUAUGUCAUGAAAACUCCUGAGGCCCUUUUUUUUCCCUCUCAAAACAGCAGGGCGGAUUCAUAAGUUUUAGUUCUGGCUAGCCUUGCACGACUCAAUUGCUGGUUCUUAUGCUGUUGAUGUAUAUUUCCAGAUGGACAUCCUAUCCAGAGGUGACCUUUUGCCAAAAAUUGUCGAAGCAUAUUCACGCCCAACCAGAAUCAUCCGAGGAAAGGACAUCGAUGCAGUUCUUGAGGUAACACAAGUUGCUACCUACAGUAACAAUUUGUCUGAGUGACGAGGUUCGGUCCAUUAAAAACCAUAUGGAGAGGCAAUCUGAUAUAAUUCACUGGUAAAUUAGAUCGUAUUUUCAGCUGCUGAUUUCCCUAUAUAGUUCUCAUUUAGUAUACACAGAUGUGACGGAUUACCCUUUUUGGUGUAUCACGGAUCAGCUGCUUUGCAGUUGUCCCUAUCUUUUUUAUUUUAGCCUUUGUUACCCAAGGGCAGUAGAGUGUCAAUUGAGGAAAGGACUUUUCCUUAACUAUGCUCGUGGAUAUUUCAUUUCCCUACAUACCCUACCCUUUCUACCCUCUUCUAGCUAGCCACAUCGUUUCUUGCUGAACUAAAUCCCCCUGGAUCAUAUCCUGUUCUUCUUUUUCUGGCAUACAUAGGUCGAUGAUGCUGCCUUCGAGACGGAAGAGGAAAGAGCAUUGUGGGAUGCUUACUUGGUGGUAAAAACCAAAACACACCCGGGUACGCUUCAUAUAAACCAACCCCCCUCCCCAAUAUAAUCUUCGGCCAUGUCCUGAUUUAGUAAGGCACUGCCACUUCAUAUUUCCCGGUGUCGUUAAACAUUGGCUACAAAGUCUGCCUGUGUCGGGGGUCCCGGGAUCCUUCACUCACACCCUCUGUCGAUCCCCCAGGAGUCGACAUCCAUUCUUUUGUCGAGGCAUCAUCUGAAUUGGUUCAGCCACUUGAGAACUUCUUCAACAACGUCUUCGUCAUGGUGGUAAGUGUUCGCGCGUUUCUCGCCAUUUUUAGUAACGUCUUCAUUUGGCACUGGUAGGAGAGGCUCACCCAGUUCUUAUGCCAAGCGAUUGAAACCUACUGUUGGGCAGUAAUAAAUAUAUAGUUGACCUGCAUUGAGUCCAUUCCACGUGAAAAAAAAGGCAUUCUUGAAGCUGCCAUGUUCUUGGGUUGAUGGACCUGGGCCUGGGUAUUUUUAACUGCCGAUUUAGUUCCUGAGAGAACUGCUUAUUGAUCGGAGGUGGUACAGGAAAAAAAAUGUUUAAAACCCUAGAAUGCUUGGUUUGAUCUUGGGUUCUUUAAAAAAAUGUUUAAAAACUGUUCUUGGGUUGAUAGGAGGUGGCGGGGGGGAUCGAUCUUCCAUCUCUUCGUAUUACACUAUCCGCAUUCUUCAUUGUAUCUUUUGACCAGGAGAACAAACCCUAGAAUUGAUGGAGUUCGGCUUCUUGGUUUGGCAGGAGGACGAGAGAGUGAGGAAUAACAGGUUCGCACUCCUCAAGAAGAUCGCAGACCUCCCCAGAGGAAUUGUAGAUCUGUCUGUUCUUCCUGGGUUCUGA